AUGUCUCCACCUGCGAGCUGCGACAUCCUAGUGAUAGGCAGUGGCAACGCCGGGUUUAGCGCCGCCCUUUCAGCGGCACAAACAAAUCCCAAAGCCAGCGUGAUAAUAAUCGACAAAUGUCCUUCAGCCUGGGCCGGAGGUAACUCGUACUUCACGGCCGGAGCAUUUCGUACCACGCACAAUGGGCUCUCCGACCUCCUACCCAUAGUCAACAACACCUCUGCAGAGAAAGCAUCCCGCAUCGAUAUGCCCAUCUACUCCGAACAAGACUUCACAAAUGACCUUCUCCGCAUGACCGGCGGCCGCACUGACCCUGCCUUAUCAAAGAUCCUGGUCCAGGACUCCCGCUCGGCCAUCGGCUGGCUCGCCCAAAACGGAAUCCGCUUUCAGCUGUCCUUCAACAGACAGGCUUACGAGGUCGAUGGCCGGAUCAAAUUCUGGGGUGGUCUUGCAUUAAAAACACAAGAUGGUGGCAAAGGUCUUAUGGAAGACCACCUCGCCGCCGCCAAGGAACAUAACAUUUGUGUGUUCUUCGACACGCCCGCUACGAAGCUUCUAACAGAUCCCACCACCGGUGCAGUGGUCGGAGUUGAAAUCCUUCCUCUUUCAUCCUCUGGUGCUCCUCAAAAACACAUCAUCCGUGCCGCUGCCGUCAUCCUCGCCGCCGGUGGCUUCGAAGCCAACCCUCAGUUGCGAGCUCAAUACCUUGGCUCAGGGUGGGAUGCUGCGCGCGUCCGUGGAACACCAUAUAACACCGGGGACCUCCUCAUUAGUGCACAACGCGAUGUAUCUGCCAAGGCCGUGGGGAACUGGUCCGGCUGUCACAGUGUCGCCUGGGAUGCUGAUUCCCCCGCGCACGCUGGAGAUCGAGAGAUCUCCAACGAGUUCACGAAAUCAGGGUACCCACUGGGUAUUAUGGUAAACCGGGAUGGGGAGCGGUUUGUCGACGAAGGAUCAGACAUGCGGAAUUACACCUAUGCGAUGAUUGGGCGACGGAUUUUGGCCCAACCCGGGCAGAUUGCAUUUCAGAUUUGGGAUGCGCGGACGACGCCUUGGCUUCGAUCCGAGGAAUACCGCCCCGAAGUUACUAAGCAUCUGACUGGAUCGUCGGUUGAGGAGCUGGCAGAUGCGUGUGUGAAAGUUGGAUUGGUGAAUCGUCAGCGGUUCUUGGAUACCCUAGCCGAGUAUAAUGCUGCUACUCGGGAGGGACAUCGAAAGUGGGAUCCCGCUGUGAGAGAUGGGCUGGAGACUGUCGGGUUGGGUAUUCCCAAGUCGAAUUGGGCCUUGCCGAUUGACAAGGGGCCUUUCCUAGCUGUGCGAGUGACGUCUGGAAUUACAUUUACGUUUGGGGGGCUCGCUGUCAAUCCAGAAACAGCGGCUGUGAUUUCCGAGACCACGGGUGCAGAGAUUCCGGGUUUGUACUCUGUUGGAGAGAUGCUAGGUGGGCUUUUCCAUGAUAAUUAUCCCGGUGGAAGUGGGUUGACCUCUGGCGCCGUCUUUGGCCGACGGGCUGGGAGGACCGCUGCUGGGAUCAUUGCUGCGAAGGGAGCAAACAGAGAGUCUAGACUGUGA